AUGGCUCUACCAACCUUAUUCUCAGCAAAUUCGUCAACCAUCCUAGGUCGUAUUGAGCGUUACCUUAAACAUGCGUGCUGGAAGUGUGGAACCAAGCAGCCCGUGACUAUUCUCUGUAGCGGCUGUGGAGCUCUUCAGCCCAUCUCUCGGCCAACCAACUACUUCAAGCUUAUGGGCAUUUCAGAGACAUAUGACAUAGAUCUGAAGAAGCUCAAACAGCGAUACAAUAUGCUGCAGGCAAGAAUACACCCAGAUGUUAUUGGCAAAGAGGUUAGGACACCUAACGCGCCGCCAGGGCUCCUCCAACUGGCUGAGAGCCUGUCAUCGGAGGUGAACCAUGCACAUGACGUUCUCAAAGAUGACAUGCGGCGAGCGGAGUACCUGGCGUCUCUGUACAAUGUCUCAGCGUCGGCGGCCUCCCCGGCCCUCUUGAUUGACCAGAUGGUUCUCCGAGACCAGAUAGCCUCUUUCCAUCAUAAGAAAAAUGCUAAGAAACUAUCUGAAAUGCGCCACGCGCUGACCAAACGCUUUUCUGAUUGCUCGGAGCUCUUCGGAAAGGCGCUAGCAGAAAAAGAUUCGAACCAAAUGGCGAGUUUACUAUGUGAAAUGAGAUUCCUGACAUCUACCUUAGAUGAACUCAAGGGCCGUAUGAACACCUUGGACAUAGAAGAAUAG